GUAAACAAACGUACAGUAAAAUUUCCUGGGCAGUUUUCAGUGAAAAUAGCAGGAUAAUCUCAGUGGCUUGCUCAAGGGACUAGUGUUUCUCCAUAAUGCAACAACCAAGCAAGAGAAAAUGCAGCGAGAAUACUGGCCCUGAGGAUUCUACUCUUCACAACUCCCAAGACAGCAGCAGACUGAAGAUUCCAUCGUUAGCACAUCUUAAUACACUUGUCAAAAAAGAAAUUGAAAAAAGCUCUUGGUGGGAGCUUUAUGGAUUUGAUAUUGCAAUUACAGGAGCUGCUAUCGCUGUUCUUCCCUUUGGAUACCUCUUGCUUGGUCAAGGAAGCACCCUUCUUUUCAUCAUAGGUUUCUUCAUAAUUGGAUACAUCCAUUCUCUCCUUACUGUCAAGGUUGCACACGCAGCAGUUCAUAAUGCAUUUAUGGGAUCCUCACCAUUCUGGAACAAGAUUAUUAGCGUGUUCUGUAUUGAGUUUUGGGGUGGACUUACAGAAAGGGGUGCUCAAGAAACUCACAUCAAAUAUCACCAUCCAUACACCAAUGUCAUCAGCCUUGGUGAUUCCAGCUCCUGGAAGGUUCCUGUUCUUGAUCGAUACACAUAUUUAUUCUUCGCACCCAUCUUGCUCCCUUUAAUCUAUCCGUUGGUCACCAUCGACUUGCUGGGGAAAAGAUGGCUAGAUAUUGCUAGGGUCUUCUUCUUAAGUAUGAUGGGUUAUUGCCUUCAACUAUGGCUGUUCCUUAACCUGUCAGGACUUUCCUUUGGAGCAGCUCUACUUUGCGUCAUCUUUGUGAGAUCUGUCUAUGCUAUACCAUACAUUCAUGUCAACGUCUUCCAACACAUUGGCCUACCCAUGUACGACCCCAACAAGAAACCAUCAAAUCGGCUGCUUCAGAUGGCAACGUCAGUGCUCAACCUUCCACGCAACCCCUUUCUGGACUAUAACUUUGGGCAUAGCAUCGUCAGCUGUCAUGUCGAACAUCAUCUCUUCCCACGGCUCUCUGACAACAUGUGCCUCAAGGUUAAGCCAUUGGUAUCUCAAUACUUGAAGAGUCAUGGCUUGCCAUAUAACGAGGAUACAUAUCAAAGCAGGCUGAAAAUGUUUUUUAAUCAAUAUGAAGAAUUGAUGGUUCAGGCUCCUCCGAUUACAGAGCUGGUUGGAAUACAAUAAAACAAAUAAUUAAGCCAGCGAUAUGGGUGUGGCAUUGCCUUGCCAAAGACAAUUCUAUAUGGUUGGGAGUUGAAUGAUUUCAACAAUGCCAUACUUUGCCAAGCCCAUACUAAAAACCCCUAUUUCAUUCCCAAAAAAACACAGCAUAAAGACUUACCUUGCAAUUGAAAAGUAAAAUAUAUAAAAUAGAAAGCAAAAAAGAUCAAUACUGCAACCCUAACAAAUUUUAAAAAUUAUUUAUGAAGCCCAUGAGAUUAAUUAUCAUCUAGCCUAAAAAUGAAUUUGCAUUACAAAAUUAAUAUAUUUUAAGUAAAAGUUAUUUCUGUCUGAAAUCAAAAUCUUUCAAUCAUUUUACACUAAAACAUAUCAAGAAAUAGUUCUUGAAAAUGAGUUGGUAAAAACAUCUUCACUGACAACAGUUUUGCUGGCUGUUCAUUCAGUAGAUAAAAUAAGUUUAGCAUAAUAGUGAAGAUAAUUAUGAGGAUAAAAGGAAGACUAUCAAUAUAGGAGUAGUGCCAGACAUCAUCAUCUUUUUCCUUUAGAGGGCAUUUCCAGCCUUAGGGUGAUUCUGUCUGGAUAGGGUGGGGAAAUCUAUCCUCAAAUAGUCUGAGGUUUUUUCCCAACCUACAAUCAAAGUAGAAAGCACUAAAACACUAAAUGUGUGCAAUAGUUAUCACUAUUUAGCAGUAAAUAACACUAAUUAGACAAAAGAAAACAAUAUAAUUAGCAUAAAUAACACUAUUUAGUGAUAUUUAUGUUGCACAUUUUUAGUGUUUGUGCUCUAACAGAGAGGAAAAUUGUGCUCCAGUUUAAGCUUCUUAAUUAUCCUUCAAAUUCCCUUCCUGGGGAAAUACCAAAAGAGAUUUAUAUAUUAAUACAGGGCUUAAGAUACAUCACAAUGCAUGUCCAAUCAGAACCAGGACUUGUCCAGUCAAAUCUUUAUCUUGUCAGUUAUUUCGACCAGUGACGUUUAGUCAGAAAUAGUUAUGACAUAACUAAAACUAAUUUGCCCUGUGAUCAUGACCGACAACAGAUAGGCAUUAUUUUAAGCCCUAUAAUUAUAUCAUUCUUCUGUAAUUGUAAUAAAACAACAAAGUCUUUUGCAUACAAAUAGCAUUGUUAGGGUUUGGAUUUCAAUAUCUACAAAAAAAGCUGUUUAUAAUAUUAAGAUUAGGUAAAAGUCAGAAAAGUUCUUAUUAUUCCUGAAGAUGGCCUAGUUAGUUUGAAAGCUAGGAUCUUAUAUAAAUCUAUUAAGGUUGAAGAUGCAGUCAAAUAUUUAAGUUCUAGCAAGUUAGAUUUAGUUCAACACACCCUCUCUCUCCUUAAUAGGAAGCAUAGAGGGAUUGAAGAGGUUACUACCUUCUUACCUUCUUUGUGAAACUUCCUGUGUGAGGGUCCCAAACGUGGAAAUAAUUAUGAAUGUCUUAGAACUUUUACUACUUUUACUUUCAUAAACGUGAACUUUGUAGCUGCGCGCUGCAUGAUGAAAUUUGGUUUUUCGCUUCCGCCAGUAAAAACUAAGAAAGGUUACGAUUGAACAGACUGUAUAGACUGAUUAACUUGUGGCUAGCGAGUUUGCAUGUUUACGAAAAUAGUAGCGAGUUAAAACUACUUAUGUUUGCGUAUUUUUAAAUCCUGUCAUGCUUAUUUACAUAUUAAAGUUAACAUAUUUGCA